GACUGGUCCUGGUGCAGCCGGGUCGCUUUGCCUCCCAGUCCAACUCGCCAAGUUUCCCCCCCUUGAUACUAAAGAGCCGCUGGCGGCCACCUUUGGGUAUUCUUCCUCCGCUCCGUCAUGUUGUGCUCCCUUCCUCGUCCUCCACCCUCUCUACUCGCGCUCUCUGCUCGAAAAAAAAGUAAAGACCGCGUUUGGCUAGCGCAAGCGCCUUUGGGGAAUCCUGCGACAAAAAACGGGACAGCAUCUUCAUCCAAUCUACUCCCAAGGUGCACAGGCACUUCACCCAGACACGAUGAAGAACCCCUUUGCCACCUUUGGCGAUGAGAAGCACCCGCACUCCCCGGCCGAGGCGGACUCUCCGAUCGAGGCGGUCGGUAGCAACGGCGAGCCUGGCGUGGUCGACGCCGAGCACGAUGAUCUUCAUCGUGGAAUGAAGCCGCGGCAGUUGAGUACGUCCCAAGUCUAGUCCCUCUGUACGAGGUGAAACACGCCUCUGGCUGGACUUGUGUAUACGAUUAAGAAACUCGGUGCUAACUUUUUUUUUUGCGCUGCAGAUAUGGUUAGUUUUAUACAGGAAUCGGGGCUGCUUUUUGGUUUAUCACUAACACAGCUACGCAUCCAUAGAUGGCCAUUGCUGGCGCCAUCGGAACAGGUCUCAUUCUCGGCUCUGCAACUGCCCUCAAGAACGGUGGUCCCGGCUCCCUGUUGAUCGCCUAUGUGUUGAUGGGCUGGGUUGUGUACGUGGUCAUGGUGGCACUCGGCGAGAUGGGCACAUUCUUGCCGCACAAAAAGUCCUUCUCCGGCUACGCGACCCGCUUCGUCGACCCGGCCGUGGGAUAUGCCACUGGAUGGAACUACUUUCUCAAAUACGUCAUCGUCCUACCAAACAACCUCACAGCCACGGGUAUCCUCAUCAGGUAUUGGGCUCCCAACAUCAACGUGGGAGUUUGGAUUACUGUCUUUGGCGUGCUGAUCAUCGCGUUGAAUCUCAUCCAUGUCAAGUUCUUCGGCGAGGCAGAGUUCUGGAUGUCUCUGAUCAAAGCGCUCGUCAUCGUCAUGCUCAUCCUGUUGUGUCUGAUCAUUUCCCUCGGCGGCAACCCCAAAGGUACCAGGUCUGGCUUCUACUACUGGCAGGACCCUGGUCCCUUUGCGCAGUACAACGGCAUCCCGGGUGAUACGGGACGCUUCCUCGGCCUCUGGGCUUCCAUGGUUCAGGCUACAUUCGCCUACCUCGGCACCGAGCUGGUCGGUGUUGCGUUUGGAGAGACCCCCAACCCCAGGAAGAACGUCCCCAGGGCUGUCCGCCAGACCCUGAUGCGUAUCAUCUUCUUCUACCUCGGAGGUGUCAUUGUGCUGGGUAUGGCCGUGCCGAGCAACAACGAGAAGCUUCUUGGUGCCACAAGCAAGGGCAUCAGCGGAUCCGCUUCUCCAUUCGUCGUCGCCGCCGACCUCUCAGGCAUUGCCAAGCUGGACCAGGCGGUCAACGGUCUCCUCCUCGUCUUCACCCUCUCGGCCGCCAACUCGGACAUCUACCUCGCCGCGCGGUCCAUCUGGGCGCUGUCCAAGGACGGGCAGGCCUUCCGCAUCUUUGGCAAGACCAACGCUCGCGGGGUGCCCAUCCCGGCGGUGGCCCUGUCGUCGGCCUUCAUCCUGCUAGGCUACCUGAACGUGUCGACGGACGCGGCCAAGGUGUUUGGCUACUUUGUGUCCAUGGUGACGGUCUUUGGCGCGCUCAACUGGGUCGCCGUCCUCGUCAGCUACAUCUGCAUGGUCAGGGGCAUGAAGGCACAGGGGAUCCCGCGCAGCGCCCUGCCCUACCGCAACCCGCUGCUGCCCUGGGGCGCCUACAUUGCCCUCUUCAUCACCGUGCUCAUCAUCAUCUUCAACGGCUUCUCGGCCUUUAUCCCCAAGUUCCAGGUCGACAAGUUCAUCACCAGCUACAUUGGCGUGCCCAUCUACAUCAUCAACGUCAUCUUUUGGAAGAUCAAGAACAGGACCAAGAUGGUCAACCCGCACGAGAUGGACUUGGUUACCGACAGGAGGGAUUGAUUUGUUGCGUUGCAGCUUUUUGGGUCGGUUUCCAGUUGGUGCUGGAGGGAUUUAAUAGGCAAAGUAGAGCGGUGUUGAGGUGGCGGUUUGGUUUAAGCGACAUGUGAUUCCCCGUAUUCUGCAUGGUACAUGUUGAUGAUAUAUAGCACAGACAGUGUAGCAUGUAGCAAUACUUUUGAUGUUUCUCACUUUUCCGUCGUGUACUGCUCCAAUUGAGUGAGUGUCGCUCACUAAUCCCGUUGGCAGUUUUUAUGUACAAAACUUUCCUUUUUGCCAUUUUACACUUUACACUCAGAGAAGACUGCUCGCAGCCCCUUGGCUCCAAGCACAAACCCCCUUCACUAACAAGUCGCCCCCUUUUCUUUUGCAACCUUUUUCUCAUCCUUUUUUUUAAACACAAAUGCCACCACAGUCCCGCCCACCAUUCUCAGGAUCGCAAUCGUCCCUAUUGUCGUCGACGCACAUCUUGCCGUCGGCGCACUGGACGUUGGCCAAGCCGCCGCAAAACGUCGGCUCCACGCAUAUCCCCGGCAUGUCGCAGGCCAUGCCGCAGCCGCCGGCGUAGGGGUCAUCGAUGCACACCUGCCCGCGCGCGCAGCUCUUGGGCGUCGGCCGGAAGCCGCCGCAGUCGUCGUAGCUCCGCGUGCGCGUCGGAGCAGGGGUGGGCGGCGGCUGCGACUGCUGCGGCGUGCUGCGCGUCGGCCGCGGCGUCCUGGUGUGGAUGGGGGGUUUUGGCCCGUCGUCCGCCGUGGGCUUGGAGACGGCCGGCCGCGUCGGGCUGGAUGGCCGCGGGCGCGUCACCGUCGUGGCCACCACGCACCGGCCCGGGCAGUUCUCGCCGCGCGUGGCGGGGCAGGCUGGGUCCAUGGCGGAACAGGUGCUGUCCACCGGGCAGGGGGCCAUCUUGAAGCCGCAGGGGCGGUCUGCACUGAUGGCGCCGGUCUUGGCUGGCUGUGGGAGGUGGGCCAGUGCGGGAACGAGGAGGAGUGCUGUCAGGAGGAGUUUCAUCUUGUCCUUUUGGGCUGGGCUUGACUGGCUGGUCAGUUGUUUUUCUUGAGUUUUCUUUUGAGCCGACAAUAAUGAGUGUACCAGGAACAAGGACUGUGGUGGUUAUAGAAGACCAACUAGGUCGUUCAUACCUGGGUUGGACGGUCGUGUGGUUUAGUUUCUUAUAUAUACAAGUUGUCGCGUCGCGCUUCUCUC